UUGUUUCCAAUGAAGACAAACCCAGUCUAUAUGUGGCUGAUCAGAUGGUGACCGGAUUUAUUGGAGAAAACACGACCAUAACCUGCUACUACAGAGCCAAAGGAAAACUUGAUUGGUGUAAACUGGGCAGGACAUGUAUCAAAGAUGGAUUAAUAGAUGGAAUAACAGUGAACACUGACGAGAAGAAAGAUUCAUUCAGUGUGACCAUGAGUGGACUGAGAGGAGAGCACAGUGGUUGGUAUUACUGUGUCAAUGGAGACCUUCAGAUGCCAAUUUAUCUGACUGUGACCAUCAGACCCACUGUCGAAUCGACUACAGUUACAGCAGCAACAGAAUCUGCUACAGUAGAAGACCAGAAAGAAGACCAGAAAACCAAAGAAGACAGAACUUUUCCUGCACUACUGAGCCUCAUCAUCCCUCUGGUUUCAUUGAUUUUGGUUGCUAUUGUGGCGCUAUUAGUACUGUUUAGAACCAAACGUGCCAAAAUUCAAGAUUCAAGUGGCAGCUCCAACUUGAAGGAAGGGGAGGUUACGUAUUCAGAAGUCAGUUUCAAGAAAAAUCAGGCAUUACCUGUUGAAAGCGAUGGAGAUGUGACCUACAGCUCUGUUGUUAUUAAAAAGCCACAGGGUGGAAAAAGGGCUAAGGCAAAGGACGACAAUGUGACACACAGUCACCACAAGCAAAAUGUUUAAAUCAAUCGGUUUUUAAAUGUUUUUCCGUUACAUGACUAAGAUUUAGACAACUUUGUUGUAAGGGUCUCUUUGCAAGUGUGCAACAACGUAAUGGUUUAUUGUUUGACAUUAUUUUAAAAAAGCACUUGAUCAUAUCUUUUUUUAGAUUAAGUAUAAGCAUUCCAACUGAUUAUGGAACAACUUUAACCUCUUUAACAGCUUCAGAGCAUAUUGAAUGCUUAUUGUUCCUCUUGAAUGCAAAUGAUUUAAAUGUUUAUAUUGUCUUUAUUUUGUUUGAAUCCUAAAAAAAUUUGUUAAAAUAUUUCACUUUAUUGGGAUCUAUGUAAACGCAGAAUAUUAAUUGUGCAUACGUCUACUGAAAUGUUUUUCUUCCUGACUAAUAUUUGCUUUUUGCAAUAGUACAUUUUUAGCUCUAAAUGAAAUCUGAGAUGAACAGGACUUGGAGCUCAUCACCAAAAGUAGCUCCUCAAAAUAUUUCACAAGAUGGAUGGUUAAAAUUCCCAGAAGAAACAUGCAGGAAGCAUUUUUACAAUUAAAUUAAAUUGUUGUUUUUGGCAAAUCAAUCCUCUUAA